UUCUUCGUUACGUUGCCGCUUAGUACCAAAAAACUUUAACCACUGUAAUAUAACCGAUAACGCCAGCAGCUGCAAACAUGCAGGGUCUUUCCGGUGUGGUUAACGUUGUGCUUGUAAUCUACGUAUCCUAUAACGUUUUUUGUUCUGCACAGAGCCGCGAUGAAGGCUGUGAAAGUCCAGCUACAGCAUACCGGUGCUAUACAGGUCCGGCGGCCAGCGAGCCUGCAUUCCAUUUCGAUUCCGCUCCGUGGCCGAUGACAGAUGAGUACUUAGACUCUCACCGUUCAGACGCCGAGCGCUUGUGCCGAGCCUCCAAUGAAACAGGACAGUGCUUGCGAGAUGUGCUUUCCCGUUGUUCUAAUGCCAAGGCCCCGAAUGUAUGGCUUCUAGCCGAAUUCCUAAUUGCCAUUAGCGCGUUAUGCCAGCAGCCCCGUGGUUCCCUACCGUUUUAUCGAGCCAUGGAUGCCUGCACCCGGAAAGAAUUUCCCUUUAUUGAUUAUCUUGCGCGAAGGGUCUUGGAAUCGGAUUUGAGUGACCAGCACCUCUCACUCAAUGCUACAAUGGCACACCACCUUUUAUGCAGGUUUUUUCAGCUGACUGAAUCGAGCUUUAACGUUAACGGCACAUUGAGAACCGAGUUGGUGCAGAGAUGUGGAAACGAAGGCAUGCUUCACGCCCUGGUGGAUGGGACCAAGACCCUUCAUUCUCUGCAUUGCUCUUUGGAUUAACUAUAUUUUGUUUCGUAUCGGUUCCAUCGUUUCUUAAUCUAAAUUGCUUACCCAAUUAUGUAACAAUUAUCUAACAAUUAAAAAAUAUUAUGGUAAUAUUUAUACCACAACAGUGUAUUUUUGGUUGCCUCUUUUGAUUGAAUAAAAUCUAAAUCUGAUAUUCGAGUACGUACCUUAAGCUAUGCAGAAGAUUGACUAUU